UUGUACAUCACAUGACAGUGGCUGGGUAUUCAGAAAGCCCCAAACGCUUCUUCGGCGGCUCGCUCCGUCACCGUCGUCGUCGUCCAGCACAAUCUUCGGCGAUCAUGUAAACCGGAGUUGCAAAAAGUCAACGUUUUUAGCUUUGUCCAACGAGAAGCAACUUUGGAGGAAAUGGGUUAUCAUCUAAUUGGCAAGAAUACAUGAUUUUUUUAAGUGGGUCUUCAUGGAGAUUAUGCGUUCUCUCGUUGAAAGCUCUGUGGCCUCUUUGUACAAGGUUUCAGUAAGCCACGGUUGGGCAAUCAAACGAGGAACCUUUGCUGAUACUUAUACUGCAAAUAUUAUAUUAAGCGGAUACACGAAAUGCAGAGAUGUGGGUGUUGCACGCAAGUUGUUCGAUGAACUUCCCAACAGAGAUACGGUCACAUGGAACUCAAUGAUCACUGGGUGUGUAAGUUAUAGAAAUUUAUGGAGUGCUUGGGAACUUCUGAAAAAUAUGAGAAGAUGCAGGUUUAUGGUUGAUGGGUAUACAUUUGGAAGCCUACUUAAGGGCGUUGCUUGUGAGGGCUGCAUUGAUCUGGGGCUGCAAGCACAUUCGCUCGUUCUGAAGACAGGCCAUGGGGAAAAUGUUUAUUCGGCAAGUGCUCUUUUGGACAUGUAUGCAAAGUGUGACAGAGUUCAAGAUGCUUAUUUAGUGUUCCAGGGCAUGUCUGAACGUAACUCUGUCUCUUGGAAUGCCUUGAUUGCAGGGUUUGCAAAGGUGGGUGAUCGCGAGACUGCAUUUUUGUUACUGGACACCAUGGAGCGAGAAGGAGUGAACCUUGAUGAUGGCACCUUUGCUCCCCUUUUAACAUUGCUUGAUGACGCUGAGUUUUGCAAUCUAAAUAAGCUUAUCCAUGCUAAAAUCAUAAAGCAUGGGCUCGCAUUUGAUAACACCUUAUGCAAUGCCUUAAUUACUUCCCAUUCAGACUGUGGAUCCAUUGAAGAUGCCAAGCAAGUGUUUGAGAGUGCUACUGGCAACCAAGAUUUAGUCACAUGGAAUUCCAUGCUAGCAGCCUACCUAGCACAUAACCGAGGAGGACAUGCAUUAGAAAUCUUCCUAGAGAUGCAAAUACUUGGGUUUGAACCAGAUAUCUAUACAUAUACUACUAUGAUAAGUGCUUGUUUUGAAGAUGUGCAUCAAAACCAAGGAAAAUCGUUGCACGCUUUGGUAAUUAAGAGGGGGUUGGAACAGUCAAUACCAAUCUCUAAUUCGUUGAUAGCUAUGUAUCUUAAGUCAAGUAGGAAAUAUUUGGAGGAUGCAGUAGAAGUAUUUGAAUCUAUGAAUGCAAAGGAUAGCGUUUCCUGGAAUUCAAUUUUGACAGGCUUCUCACAAUAUGGGUUGAGUGAACACACCUUGAAGUUCUUUCGUCGAAUGCAAUUUGGCACCUUGCAUCUUGACCAUUUUGCCUUUUCUGCUGUCCUUAGAUCUUGCUCAGAUUUGGCAACUCUCCAAUUGGGUCAACAAGUCCAUGCCUUAGCCCUAAAGUUAGGCUUCGAAUCUAAUGAUUUUGUAGCUAGCUCCUUGAUAUGUAUGUAUUCCAAGUGUGGGAUAGCUGAGGAUGCUGCUAAGUCCUUUGAAGCGACCACUAAAGAUAAUUCAAUCACUUGGAACUCGAUGAUAUUUGCAUAUGCUCAACAUGGGCAGGGUAAAGCUGCAUUGGACCUGUUCUUCUUAAUGAGGGAUAGCAGAGUCAAACUGGAUCAUAUAACUUUUGUUGCAGUUUUAACUGCAUGUAGCCACAUUGGUUUGGUGGAAGAAGGUUACAAUAUUCUAAAAUCAAUGGAAUCUGUUUAUGGAAUUCCUCCCAGAAUGGAGCAUUAUGCGUGUGGGGUUGAUCUGUUCGGGCGGGCUAGACGAUUGGAGGAAGCAAAAGCCUUGAUUGAAGCAAUGCCAUUUGAACCAGAUGCAACUGUCUGGAGAACUGUACUUGGUGCUUGUAGGAUUUGUGGUGAUAUUGAUAUGGCAGCUCAAGCAGCAAGCUAUUUGCUGGAAUUAGAGCCCAAAGAGCAUUGUACUUAUGUUCUCCUCUCUGACAUGUAUGGCAAAUUUAAUAGGUGGAAUGAGAGAGCUGGUAUAAAGAGGAUGAUGAGGGAGAGAGGAGUCAAGAAGCUACCCGGUUGGAGUUGGAUAGAAGUUAAGAACAAGGUGCAUGCUUUUAAUGCUGAGGAUCAUUCCCACCCCCAUUGCAUGCAAAUAUAUCAGGUGUUGGAAGAAUUGGUGAUUGAAAUCAAGGAUUUGGAGGAUAAUGCUUAUGGAAAAUAUACUUGGGAUUUGGAUAUUGUGUGGGGUGAUGCUGUAAUUCAAGAUGUUCAUGGAAUGGUUUCAACAUCUUAUAUGUUUGGAUGAAUGAUUUUCAUGCAAGAGACUGUUCUUGGUAGCAAUGGCAAGGGCGUUCCUUUGUGACCGAGAGGUUAUAGGGGUUGAGUUGUGAAAACGACUUCUUUGUAAAAAAAAAAAAAAAAAAAAAAAGUUACAUAAAUAUAA